AUGGACCACUAUCCCACCGUCAGUGUCAACGAACGCGAAACUCCUUCUUCGAGAAUAUCAUCACGCCACGACUCUGUCUCCUCUGUCGGCAAGACCUCAACUAGGAGUAAACGCUCCUCAACCAUGCAAACAACAAGCUCCGCUGAGCGCCAGUCCUACUCAUAUCAUUCCUUCCCGUCUCCAUCGACACACUCGCCAGUCUCCAACUCGUCCCGGUCCAGCUCUAGCACUUCCAGUCACUCAAACUUCCAACGCAUCGAGGAAGAGUAUGCGCGGUAUACAAAUGCGCCACCCCCAUAUAGCGAAAAGCAGUAUGAGGGGAAGACCGAUGAGGAGAAAACCAGUAUGCGAAUGAAGGAUUAUACUAAGGAGCUCUCGAGGAUAAUGACACGACAACUGGUUAGGGGGCUGAAGAUUAGUGAGAGGGAGAAGGUGAAUAGGGAUGGCAAGAAGAAUUAA